AGGGUUAAAACAGGCAAAACGGCCAAAAGUUCUAGGGUUUAUGAGUGUUGGUGGCCCCGUAAGGCUGGGCUUAGGAAGCUUGUGAAAACUCCACCAUUCUUAAUAGCGGUUAAAGCUGAGAUAUUUGUUGCUGGGUUUGGAUUGAACUUCUCUACUGAGUGAGAUGGGGGCCAAGGCAAAGAAAGCUAUGAAGAAGAAUUUGAAGAAGGCUUCUUCUCAGUUAGUGGCUUCUGCUCGUAAAACCGAAGCUGCUGAUUUUUUGCCACUAGAAGGUGGUCCUGGGCGCAAACUUCACGAGCAAAAACCAAUUGAGGAUAAAGCUACCGUUCUGUACAUUGGUCGGGUGCCACAUGGGUUCUAUGAAAAGGAAAUGGAAGGUUUCUUUACACAAUUUGGUAAAGUCAAAAGAUUAAGAAUUGCACGUAAUAAAAAGACAGGAAAGUCAAAGCAUUUUGGCUUCAUCGAGUUUGAGUCUCCCGAGGUAGCAAAAAUUGUAGCUGAUUGUAUGCAUAAUCAACUAUUGUUCGAGCAUCUUUUGCAAGUCUAUCUUAUUCCUCCAGAGCAUGUUCAUCCGAAAUUAUGGAGGGGUUUUAACUACCGAUACAAGCCAGUUGACUGUGUUCAAAUUGAGCGUAAGCGGCAAAACAAGGAAAGAACAUUAAAAGAGCACACGAAGUUGGUGGAAAAGAUUAUAAAGCGAGAUCUGAAAAGGAAAACAAAAAUAGAGGCCGCUGGUAUUGAAUAUGAAUGCCCAGAAAUUGUGGGUAGCGUCCAGCCUGCUCCAAAGAAGAUAAAAUUUGAUGAUGAAUAGUUAUUUAUUUGAUUAGGACAAGGAGAGAAGUUCACAAUUGGAGUUUCAUGAAGAUCAGAAGAGUUGAUGUUUAUGUCCUAUUGAAGAGGCUUUCACAGCACCUUCCUCAGCCUUGGGUCCUGGAUAAAUCCUUUGAAGUCCAUUUUUGUGACCUUUGUUGAUGUCAUCAUGUUUUGGCGGUUGACUAAUCUAGUAGUUUAAGGUAGACUGGAUGUAGAAUAUGUUACUUCUUUAUGAAAUUUCCGUUCUGUUGAUUUACGGCCAGUUCUUUUGUUUCUUUAAGGCUCCAAAACAACUUCAGCAAUGUAAUAUCCCAAGAAACUGGUCGAUUGUCCAGGUUGCAAAGAUUACCUCGAAAUCCUGUUGCUUGAACCUUAUAAACUUUGUCUUGGUACUUGGCUUC